CUAAGAAGAGCUUGCAUUUAUGAAUCAUCUUAAACGUUAUACUGGUCGCUCUGUUUGGAUUCACUAAAAAGAACCGGUUCAUACGAGUCAUUAGUUCAGGAAUCAAAUUUAACUGCAUGCAACUCCAUGUAAAUGUAUUUUGUUCCUUGCCUGUGUUCAUUAUUCAGAUCAAUCUGUACCUCUGCAAAAGUCAUGAUAGGCUCAAAACUGAUCUGCAUGUUAAUCUGGUAAGUUUUUGCACACAAAUGGAAGAAACCCGGAGGAAACCAUGAACGCGUAACCACUGCAUUUGUUGGCGUUGCAGGCGCGUUCACGCGGACAGCCCAGCGAGACCAGGCUCAUUCCCAUCGUGACAGAAAAGCGUAUUUGCGUGAUCCAGUUGCCAUAUUUAGGGAUACUUGCAAAACGUGUCAUAUUUCUCUCGUCAGUGGGUCUGGAAAAAUUAAUGCAAGUUGGUUCAUGACUCGUUAAGGACUUGGCUUAGCUAGAGUAAACAAAUCUUUAAAGUUAACUCUAUUGUGCUUGGGAUCAUCAGUUUUCUCCAGACUUCAUCAGGAACAAACUGUUCUAGUGCGUGUGGAAAGGUUGAAGAUGAAGAACUGCACCCUUAAUACCACCACCACAGUUGAGAACCUACAAAAAGUCACUUCCAUUCCCACCUUCAUUUUCGGGGUCCUGGGGAACAUUUACGUCUUGGUGAUGUUCUGCCGCCGUCCCAGAGCAAAAUGGACCUACAUGAAUGUCUACAUCACCAACAUGGCCAUCGCCGACUGCGCUCUGCUGAUGUUCCUGCCCGUUAAGAUUCAUUACUACAGCAGGCUGUUGGAAGAGCAUUUAAAGGGGCUGUGUAAUUUUGUUUUGUCAGUUUAUUACGUCAACAUGUACGUGAGUAUCUUCAUCAUCAUGGCCAUAAGUGUGGUGCGGUAUGUGGCCAUCAAGUAUCCCAUGAAGGCCAGGAGUGUCUUCUCUUGCAGGAACGCUCUGGUGGUUUGCACGCUCAUAUGGCUCACCAUUUGCUCCAUCAGCCCAGUUUACUUCAUUACGGACUCCAGUAACGACAAGAAAAUGUGCUUCCAGAGGGUCAAGGGAGCAUUGUCGUUGCAUUUCGUUUUGUUGUUGGUCAUCGUCGGAUUCCUAGUGCCAUUGCUCAUCAUGCUGUUCUGCUCUGUUACAGUCGUUUGCACUUUAAGGAAAGAGCUGGACGUUGGAUCGCGUUCUGAGAAGAUCCAAUGCAUGUUUAUCAUCGUUGCCAAUUUACUUGUUUUCAUCAUAUGCUUUCUCCCCGUCCACUUGGGUUACCUUGUUAAAUACAUCGUGCAAAACAAGUACGAAAACAUAGAUGACGACGAAAGCUGUUACUAUAAACAGAUCGCGCACAACUUCCUGCACGUUGCUCUUUGCAUUUCCAACAUGAACUGCGGUUUGGACUGCUUUAGCUAUUUUUUCGCAACCAAAACGUCCUGGAAUAUGUGCUGCAUGAAUGACACUAACAAUACAGAAGGUGAAUGUGAUAACAACACGGUUUCGUGUGCAGUUAGUACGCCUACAUAAUUGUUUCGACUGGGAUUUUUUAUUAUAUGGUUCCUUUUUAAACAUUGUAUACGCUCUGUUUUCAUAAAAAAGGGUUACAGUAUUAAACAAAGCUUUUGCAUGAUUAAAAAAACUGAAUUCUAACUAUGAAUUUACUAUUAAUCUGUACAAUAAGUAGAUUAGUAAUAAAUGUUUGUAUUUCUACUCUGA